CAGUUCCAGCCGCAGCAAUGAGCGCAGGCAGGGUUCAGUGAGCAAACUCGGGAAACAUGGCGAGGGACACAGGAGUCGCGACACUCCUUUUGAACGUUUGCUGCAUCCUCAGGCUGGUCUGGGCGCAGGAGGUUAUCACCUAUGGUUACGGAGUCAACGGCUUCAGCUUGCAUCCGCCUUAUUUUAACUUAGCGGAGGGGACGAAGAUCACAGCCACGGCCACUUGCGGGGAGGAUGGAACGGGGAGGCCGGUGGAGGAUCUGUAUUGUAAACUCGUGGGCGGUCCGGUAUCCGGCGAUCCCAGCCAAACUAUCCAGGGUCAAUAUUGUGAUAUUUGCACGGCAGAGAGUAAUAAAGCGCAUCCAAGCACCAAUGCCAUUGAUGGAACAGAACGCUGGUGGCAGAGUCCUCCUCUCUCUCGUGGCCUGGAAUACAAUGAAGUCAAUGUUACACUUGAUCUUGGGCAGCUUUUCCAUGUGGCUUACGUGCUCAUCAAGUUUGCAAAUUCUCCACGGCCAGAUCUUUGGGUUCUUGAGCGAUCUACAGACUUUGGAGAAAGCUACCUCCCUUGGCAGUACUUUGCCUCUUCCAAAAGAGACUGCAUUGAGAAAUUUGGACCAAAGUCUGUGGAGCGCAUUAUAAAGGAUGAUGAUGCUAUCUGUACCACUGAGUAUUCGCGUAUUGUGCCUCUGGAAAAUGGAGAGAUUGUGGUUUCCUUGGUAAAUGGACGACCAGGAGCCAUGAAUUUCUCCUAUUCUCCUGUCCUUCGUGACUUCACCAAAGCUACCAAUAUCCGACUGCGGUUCCUCCGAACAAACACUCUGCUGGGACAUUUGAUGGGCAAGGCUUUGCGGGACCCCACGGUCACACGACGGUAUUACUACAGUAUCAAGGAUAUCAGUAUAGGUGGACGUUGUGUGUGUAAUGGUCAUGCAGAUGUUUGUGAUGCAAAGGACCCAUCUAAUCCAUACCGACUUCAGUGUGAUUGUCAACACAACACAUGUGGAGGGUCAUGUGACCAGUGUUGCCCUGGAUACAAUCAGCUACCUUGGAAACCAGCUACAAUAGACAGUGCAAACGAAUGUGAACCCUGCAAUUGCAACGACCACACAUUUGAAUGUGUGUAUGACCCUACUGUUGAUGAACGCAAAGGGAGCUUGAAUCGCAAUGGUCGUUAUGAAGGAGGUGGUGUCUGUGUUAAUUGUGAACACAACACUGCCGGGGUUAACUGUGAGCGUUGUGUACAUGGCUAUUAUCGGCCACCCAAUGUACCAGCCGAUUCUGUAGACUCUUGCCAUCCUUGCAAUUGCAAAUCUGAGUUCACAGAAGAUGCCUGUGAGGAUAACACAGGCCGUUGUUACUGUAAGUACAAUUACGCUGGUGAGAACUGUGACAGCUGUGCUGAAGGAUACUACGGCUUCCCCAGCUGUUACCCUUUGCCAGUGGAUCCCACACAAUCCACAGGGGCUCUGAUUCAUGUAGGAAAAAUAAUAAACUGUGACUGUAGCGCAGCGGGAACCCAGAACAAUGACUGCCAGCCAGACCUGAGCACGGGGCGCUGCAGCUGCAAGCCAAACUUUACAGGCCGCUUCUGUAAUCAGUGCAUGCCUCAUCACUUUGGGGCAAACUGCCAGCCGUGUCGCUGUUUGGGCGCGGGUGUUACUGGCGGGAGCUGCAAUGAAGAGACCGGACAAUGCUUUUGUCGACAAGGAUUUGAGGGUUUCUAUUGUGACCAGUGUGCCCCAGGCUACUUUAACUAUCCACUCUGCCAAUUGUGUAGCUGCAGCAUUGCUGGCAGCUUGCCUGAGGUUUGUGAUCACUCUGGACGUUGCCUGUGCAAGCCGGAAUUUGAUGGAGCUCGCUGUGACCAAUGCGCUGUUGGCUUCCAUUCCUACCCUCGUUGCCAUGCUUGCUCCUGUGACGAUCGUGGAUCGGUGGACAAUCUCUGUGGGUCUACAGGCCAGUGCCAAUGUCAUUCCAGCUACUCAGGCCCCACGUGCAACCAGUGUGCGCCAGGUUUCUACGGAUACCCCAGCUGCACAUCUUGUCGAUGUACCUUGGAAGGCUCCUAUAUUAAUUCUUGUGACCAAGAAACGGGGAGGUGUAGCUGUCGCCCAUAUGUGGCAGGGCUGCAUUGUGACACGUGUGUUGAAGGAGCUUAUGGAUUUCCUGAUUGUCGAGUGGCUUCCUGUGACCCAGCAGGCUCUACAUCUCUCUCCUCUGAUAUUGACUCUUGCCAAUGUCGGACAAAUGUUAAAGGUUCAGCUUGCGAUAUGUGCAAACCUCUUUAUUGGAAUCUUUCGGCUGAAAACCCAUGGGGCUGUACCAGCUGUCAGUGCCAUAUCGAAGGUACAUUAAACAGCGUUGCAGAGUGCUUGCAGAGUGAUGGCCAAUGCUUCUGUAAGCCUAAUGUCUGCACUCAUCAUUGUACAACUUGUAAAGCGGGAUACUAUAACCUCGAUGACAGGAACUAUUUUGGCUGUCAAGGCUGCCAGUGUGACAUAGGAGGCUCACUGGGUAGUCUGAUGUGUGCUGACCGAUCAGGAAGUUGUCAGUGCAGACAGAACAUUGAAGGACGCACAUGCAACCGGGCAAAGCCUGAUCAUUACUUCCCUGACCUGCAUCAUCUGGGGUUUGAGAUUGAGGAGGGAAUGACACCUGAUGGGAGGGCUGUUCGUUUUGGUUUUAAUCCACUUGAGUUUGAACACUUUAGCUGGAGGGGGUAUGCGCAGAUGUCUCCAAUUCAGCCUAAGGUAGUUGUGACUGUCAAUGUGACCUCCCCUGACCUGUUUCGCAUAGUCUUCCGCUAUGUGAACCGCGGAUCUACUGAUGUGAAAGGAAUGGUCAUGGUCAGCGAAAUAAGUCUUGAUUGUGGGAACUGUUCUGAGCAGACAAAGCAGAUCAUUUUUGCCCCCAGCACAGAGCCAACCUUUGUCACUGUGCCACAGAAUACAUUCGUGGAACCAUUUGUGCUCAACCCUGGUGCGUGGUCUGUGGUCAUCGAAGCAGAGGGCAUCCUCUUGGAUUACCUCGUCCUGCUGCCGAGUGCUUACUAUGAAGCACCAAUACUUCAACUCAAAGUGACUGAACCCUGCACCUAUACAAUCAGCCCUCAGGACACCACUCAGAACUGUUUGCUGUACAGACAUCUAUCCCUGGACAGCUUCCCCUCAAUUCAGGCUACAGAAGGCAUGUGUGCCUAUGAAAACUACCUCCAUAGCCAGUGCCAGGUGGUGCAGCCCACUCCAAGACAUCCCUCAAUGGUUGUCCUCAAUGAUGAACAGGUUAACGUACAGCUGGGGAUGAGGAUUCCACACUUGGGUACCUUUGUGGUGCUGAUUGAAUACGCGACUGAAAGCGAUCCAGGCCAAGGCAUCAUUGUGAAUGCUUUAGGUGGUCAAGGCCAGUCGGGCACUGUCAAGCUGAAUCAUUGCAAAUACAGUUUUCUAUGUCAUGGAGUUGCAAUUGAUUCUUUGAACCGUGUUGCUGUGUAUGAAUUAACAACCAACGUUAAGCUGCAGCUCAUUGCAGACUCAGCCAAUGUUUUACUGAACAAGGUGUAUCUCAUACCUCAGGAGCAAUUCACCAUGGAAUAUGUACUGCCAGGAGUACAUUGCAUCAGUACUCAUGGGAUGUUUGCACCAGACAGUAGUUCCUGUGCAUCGUCCAGGUUUCAGAAGCCUUCACAGUCCAUAGUGCUGACAGAAGCUGAAAUAUCCUCUCCUUCAACACUGCUGCACCCUUAUCCACCCAGAGCCCUUGGCCGACCACAACAGCCUCCCAUUCAACCACCUACCAUUGUGGAGACAGCUGACUUGAUCUUACUUCGGUCCCCUCAGACGGUUGCCACUUUCAGUGGCCGCAUUCCAACUUUGGGGCAAUACGCCUUUGUGAUCCACUUCUAUCAACCGGAGCACCCGACCUACCCUGCAGAGGUGCUGAUUAAUGGAGGACGGAUUUGGCAAGGUCAUGUCAAUGCUUCCUUCUGUCCUCAUGGGUAUGGUUGCCGUAGUUCAGUCCUUUCUGAAAAUAAGAUCGUCCUGGAUAUAACUGACAAUGAUGUGUCUAUUAUCAUUCGUGUGCCUGAUGGCAAAACUCUGUGGUUGGACUACUUUUUGAUAGUGCCAGAGGCCAGCUACAAUUCAAACUACCUUGUUGAAGAACCUUUAGACAAGUCUUAUGAUUUCAUCAGUACCUGUGGAGGAAAUAGUUUCUAUAUCAACCCCACUACAGCCUCAAAAUUCUGCAAAGGCUCUGUGGUGUCCCUCUCUGCAUUCUACAAUAACGGUGCCCUGCCUUGCAUGUGCCACGAAGUGGGUGCUACGAGCACAUCCUGUGACCCCUUUGGAGGCCAGUGCAAUUGUCGACCCAACGUGAUAGGCCGUGACUGCUCCCGUUGUGCUACUGGCUACUAUGGAUUCCCUAACUGCAGACCUUGUAACUGUGGCAGACGUUUGUGUGAAGAGGUCACAGGUCAGUGCAUAUGUCCGCCACGAACCAUUCAACCAGAGUGCAUUGUCUGUGAGCCACAGACAUUUGGAUGCCACCCACUGGUUGGAUGUGAACAAUGCAACUGCUCACACUCAGGAAUUCAAGAUAGGACCAGGCCUGGAUGCAACACUGAGAGCGGACAAUGCAGAUGCAAACCUAAUGUAACUGGACGUCGGUGUGAUCGCUGUGCCCCUGGAUACUACCACUACCCCGACUGUAUGCCAUGUGACUGUAAUGGGGCUGGAACACAAGCCAGCAUCUGUGACUCUGUCACUGGGCAAUGUCAUUGCAAGGAAAAUGUGGAAGGCCCACAGUGUGACACCUGCCGCCUGGGAACAUUCUACUUGGAUCCAGCCAAUCCAAAAGGUUGUACCAGCUGCUUCUGCUUUGGGGCUACCGAUCGCUGCCAAAUCUCUGAUAAGAGAAGAACCGCGUUUGUUCACAUGAGUGGCUGGAAGUUGAUGGGUGGAGAUCGUCAAGAAUUACCAGUUACCCACAACGAUGCGGAGAGGGAGGUUGAAGUUGAUCUUAGUUCCGUGGCUGAUAUCUACCAGGAUCUGUACUGGCAGGCACCAUCACCCUACCUCGGAGACCAGAUUUCAUCAUAUGGAGGGCACUUAACAUACCAGCUUCGAUCUGAAGUUCCACGUGGAGACAUCCUUUCGUUACCAGUUGAAGCUCGCCCUGAUGUAAUUCUGAAGGGAAACCAAAUGACCAUUAUGUAUGUAGCAAAGGAUUAUCCAGCUCCUGGACAACUGCAUGAGAAUUGGCUUCAAUUGGUGGAGAGUAACUUCAGGCAUGUGCAAACACACAACCCCGUGUCCAGAGAGGAAAUGAUGAUGGUGUUGGCCAGCCUGGAUAGUCUACAAAUUCGUGCCCUUCAGUCCCAGUUGGCCAAGCUUGUUGUGCUGAGGAAUGUGAUACUUGAGCAAGCUUCUGACUCUGGAGAGGGGAGUGCAGCCAGCAAUGUGGAAAUCUGCCUCUGUCCAGCUAAUUAUGUAGGAGAUUCCUGUCAGGACUGCUCACCAGGCUAUUACCGAGAUACAAAGGGCCUUUUCCUGGGUAAAUGUGUACCUUGUAACUGCAAUGGCCAUUCAGACCAGUGCCAUGAUGGAUCGGGAAUAUGUGUAAACUGCCAGCAUAACACUGAAGGAGAUAACUGUGAGCGCUGUAAGACUGGCUUAGUUGAAAAUGUUACUAUUGGAGCAGCAUCGCUUUGUGUUCAGUGUCCGUGUCCUCUCACUGUUUCCUCUAACAACUUUGCGAAGGAUUGUGUCAACCAUGAAGAUCGUACACAAUGUCUUUGUAAACCAGGCUAUGCUGGCUUAAAAUGUGAAAGGUGUGCCCCAGGUUACUAUGGAAACCCAAUGGUAUUGGGAAGCCAAUGUCAACCGUGCAACUGUAAUAGCAACACAGAUUCCAACAUGCUCUUCAGCAAUUGCGAUUCACUGACUGGGAUUUGUCUGGGCUGCAUGCAUAACACUGCUGGGCCUCAUUGUGAACUCUGCGCAGCAGGUUUCUAUGGAGAUGCGCUGACAGCUAAGAAUUGUGCACCAUGUAAUUGUUCACCAUGUGGCACAGAAUCAUGUGACGGCAGCACUGGUGAGUGUAGAUGCAAACCUGGUGUGACAGGAGCACGCUGUGACCACUGUGAGGCUGGAUUUUAUGGAUACAACAGUUGUGCUGGUUGCCAGAGGUGUUCCUGUGACAUUGCUUCUCAGAAUGAAAUCUGUGACUCUCAGAACGGCCAGUGCCCAUGCGUGCCCGGUGUGACUGGACUCCAGUGUCAGCACUGUGCCCCAGGGUACUGGGGCUACAGCUCAAGUGGCUGCAGAAGGUGUAACUGCAAUGGGGGUUCAUGUAAUCCUCGGACUGGCGAUUGCACGUGCAACAAUGGCUUAGGAGGCAGACAGUGUGAUACCUGUUUACAGACACAUGAGAUCCCUGUCGUUGACAGCUCAGAUUCUAUGAAGUGUGAGCCUUGCGAUAGUUGUGUGGUGGUCCUUUUGGAGGAUCUCAACAGGACAGCUGAAUUGUUGUCUGAGGUCAGGGGCCAGCUUUCAAACUUGACCGCUAGUUCCAUCGCAUGGACACGAAUGAACACUCUGAACAAUAGCAUUGGACAGCUUGCGGAUGAGCUAAUCAGAUAUCGCGGAUCACAAGAUCAAACAAAAGUUCACACUGAUGAGCUGGAGACUGACAGCAUGAAUCUAACACAAGAUUUGGAAGCAUUUAAAGAAAAGGUCACCAUGAUAAACAAGAAGGCUGUGGGACUGGGAGAAAGUGUUGAUGGAACCCACCAGCAUGCUAGUGGCCUGCUUAAUAAUAUCACAGACCUCAAAAGGCACAUUUUAGAUCUGAUUGACCAGAUGAACAAGACAAAGUUGAACACAAGCAUGCCAUCUACUGAGGAAUUUGUAAGGAAACUUGCUGAGGUUGAGACACUAUUGAAAGAAAUGAGAAACCGAGAUUUCAGCAGUCAGCAAGAUAUGGCUGAGAAAGAGGAAAGUGAAGCAAAGAAACUUCUUGAACUAAUCGAGAAGCAGCUGGAGAAACCGUUACAAGAUAUUAAGGAUUUUCUUGAAACCAUCAGCGAUAAGCUGCUGAAGCAUCAUUCUGACAUGAUGGACCUUAGGGAUGCCCUUAAUGAAGCAGUUAAUAAAACUGGACAAGCUAAUGAAAAGAACAAAAUCAAUGAGCUUUUACUGGCAGAGAGCAAGCAAAAAGUUGAAGAAUUGGAGAACCAGCACAAGCGAGUAAUGGAAGUGUUGAAAAUGGCAAAUGAUUCCUUAGCACAGGUUUCAGACCUCCACCGGAUGUUGGACAUUGCAAAGGAGGAAUAUGAGAGACUUGCUGCAAUGUUGGAUGGAGCCAGAAGGCCUCUCAUUGAAAAAGUGAAAAAUUUCUCACCAGCCAGCAGCAAAAUUCCAAUUAUUGAGCGUGCUGAGGAGCAUGCACAGUUCCUGCAUGAGCUUGCGAAAAAUUUGUCCAGGGCAAUUGAAGACACAAACCAAGGUGGGUUUAUUCAACGAGCAGUGAAUGCUUCCAAUGCAUAUGCUGGUAUAAUUGAGGCAGUGGAAAGAGCCAGGACUGCAGCAAAGGAGGCCGAUAACGCAGCUAUGAAGGCUCUAAAGCAAGUCAUGGAUGAAGACCUGGCUCGUCAAGCUGCUGACUUGAAGAAGGCAGGCGCCCUGCUUGAGAAAGAUGCUAAAAAAGCUCUGAAGAAAUCAGAAGAUGAACUGAAGCCUAAACUGAGAGCCUCAAAGGAGCAGCUGAAUAAUGCAAAAGCCAAGAAGAAACAACUCCUUGGUCAGCUGACGUCUGUUCAAAAUAUGCUGAAAGGCAUUAAUAGAGGAGAUAUUGUUGAUAGUAUUGCAAGUGCUAAGCGUGUAGCUGCUGCUGCGAACAGGACAGCUGUGGAUGUGCAGAACGCUCUGGUGCCUAUGAAAAAGAACCUCGAGCAAUGGAAAGAGAAAUAUGGGGGAAUGCCUACUGACAGUGAGGAUUUUAACAAAACUCUCCAAGAAGCAAAUAAAUCUGUCGCAGCUCUGAAUGAAACCAUCCCACUACUCCUGGAUAAACUAAAUAAACUGGAAGUCCGGAACCAGACUUCAAACAUUUCUGCAAGUAUUGAUCGCAUUCGUGUAUUAAUCUCCCAGGCCAGAAAUGCUGCGAACAAGGUAAAGGUACCAAUGAAAUUCAACGGCACUUCAGGUGUGCAGGUGCGGCCACCCAGCAACCCAGAUGACCUGAAGGCUUACACCUCUCUCUCAUUCUACAUUCAAAGAGAAAAACAGAAACAGAAAAGAAAGCGUGCCGCCAGUUCCUCCAAUCAGUUUGUCAUGUACCUUGGCGGACAGAACCCCCAUGGAGAUUACAUGGGUGUUGCUAUGAAAAGUGGUAAGCUGGUGUGGAUUUACAAACUGGGCAGUGAGGAGGCUACUCUGCAAACAGACUCAGAAAUCAGUGGCGAUAGAUUUGACACUGUCAAGCUGGAGAGGAUACUGCAAUAUGGACAAAUCUCAUACAGUAUUGAAAAAGACACUGUAGCUGAGAGCAGGGGAGAUGGGGUUUCCCGUGGUGAUGACACUUUACUGAAUCUCAGUCCUGAAGAUGUUGUGUUUUAUGUUGGUGGCUACCCGCCUGAAUUCACCCCUCCUGACACAUUGAAGUAUCCCAACUUUAAGGGGUGCAUUGAACUUGGAACCUUGAACGCAGAGGUGGUCAGUCUGUACAAUCUGGUUCAAACGUUUGAUCUAAACACCACGGCUGAUGAACCCUGCAGGAGAUAUAAAUCUACUCAAGGUCCAGACAGUGACAGUUCUUUCUUUGAUGGCACUGGUUAUGCUGAAAUCAAAAUGCCAGGUCCAUUUUCCUCUGUCUCUCGAUUUGAACAAGAGGUUCGCAUUUCUUCUUACAAUGGCAUCCUCUUCUUCAUGCAGGCAAAGGAAAAAUACCUCUGCCUGACCAUAGAUAAUGGAAAGCUUGUGCUGUUUGUUUACUUAAACAACGAGCUAAAAGUUGAGCACAACAUUGAAAGUCAGAACUUCGUCAGUGAUGGAUAUCCCCACCAGGUCCAGAUAAUUAUGGUUUUCUCAAAAAAAGUGAAGAUUUAUGUGCGUGUGGACAGGAAAACUGUUCUUUCUUCUGAGCGAGAUGCAACGCGUCCUUCAAUUUCUGAAUAUUACCUUGGCGGUGUUCCUGUGGAGAAGCUCCCAGACAAUCUGAGGAAUCGAUACCCCACCGGUGGGUCUAUAAAAGGCUGUAUGCGCAGCGUGAAGGCCCUGGACAAAAAUUUAAAUCUGAAACGUGAGAAGACCAUCGGAAUCAGUUAUGGGUGUUCUGCAAAUCUGCUGGUAUCACGUUCUGUUACUUUCAAAGGCCAGGGAUAUGUGAGCCUAACUCCUCAAACGGUCCCCAAGCUUGACGAUGACUUCAUAUCAGGCUUUGGCUUCCAGACCCAGCAACGAAAUGCCCUGAUGUUUUACUACCUCUCAGCGGAAGGAAGCUGUCAACUAUCUCUGAAGCAAGGAUUAAUGGAACUUAAGGUGUUCGAUACUGAAGUUAAAAGUCAAAUUCCGUAUGCAGAUGGGAGCCCACACUAUGUCUCUUUCUCUAUCAAAGAUGAACAGGUUAAAAUGACCAUUGAUGAUCAGGAAAGACGACAAUCAAAAAUAUCGAAGAGAAAACGACGCCAGUCUGGGGAGAUUGAGGAGGGACAGGUCUACCUUGGUGGUGUGCCAAGUACUGAUCUAGGUGCCAACCUGACUGGUUGUAUCAGAAAUGUUUUCAUUUAUAGUAAAGAACCAAGACCGCAAUCAGUUGUAGAUCUCCAGAAGCAUAAGGUAAUGGUGGGGUCAGAGCUAAGCAGUUGCCCCAGAGAAAAGCCACCCCAGCAGAUCCGAUCACACAGAAAGGAGAAAUCCAGACAAGCUAUAACCAAGUUUGAGAGGAAACAGCAAAUGUCAGAAAGUUGCCACUUGCCAAAGCAGCCAGCAGCAGCCAGUAAUGCUCAUUACUUCAGGGGCUCCCAUCUCAGCCGCUUGGAAUAUGACAAUAUCCCAGAAUCAUUCCAUAUGAGGUCUAGUUUUUCCAUGGAAGUUCGCUGUAAUUCAUCUCAUGGGAUGCUUUUCUAUGUAUCCAAUGAAUUGGAGAACUCCUUCAUGACUCUCUUGGUUUCCAAAGGACGUUUUGUCUUCAUGUUUGAUAUCAAAGGGAAAAAAUUGAGAAUUGCAAGUAAAGAAAAGUAUAAUGAUGGAAAGUGGCACACAAUAUUUUUCAGUAGGGACAGAAACCAAGGGCAGUUGGUGAUAGAUGGUCUCCGGGCACAGAGAAGCAAUACCUUGGUCACAGCUUCCUUAGAUGUCAGAGCUCCAUUCUAUGUGGGUGCAGUACCAAAAGGAAAAGCGAAAAGGAUUGCUCAGGGUGCUGCGGCUGCCAGGUUUGUUGGUUGUAUCCGAAACUUCCAACUAGAUGGAAAGGCAAUGGAACCUCCAUCACGUACUUACGAUGUUACGCCAUGUUUUGAAGGAAGUCUUGAAGCAGGAACAUUUUUUUCUGCUGAGCGGGGCUAUUUAAUUAUAGAUGAGUCUUUUGUCCUCGGCAAAGAUUAUGAGCUGAUGCUUGAAGUGCGGCCCAGGAGUCUGUCAGGUGUACUUUUCCACGUUGGAAGGAAACAAAGCCAUUACUUCAGUCUGUAUGCAGAGAAUGGAAAGGUUAUAGUCCAGUUGAAUAAUGGAGCUGGGGAGUUCUCUGCAACGGUCAUUCCGCAACAGUCUCUGUGUGAUGGACAGUGGCAUCGCAUUGCGGUUAUCAAAAGGAAUCAUGUGAUACAACUUGAUGUGGACACAGAGAGCAACUAUACAGUAGGACCAUUACACACUCCUCGUACCAAUUCCAAAGAGAUACUUUAUCUGGGAGGUGUACCGGACACAGUGCAAAUUCCAAUGUUGUCUUCUAUACGUUACUCGUUUGUCGGCUGUGUAAAGAAUUUCCUAAUUAAUCAAAAGGCUGUACAGUUGAAUCGACCAGGAUCCAUACAUGGUGGUGUCAGUACCAGUGGUUGCCCGCUGUUGUAAAUAGAAUGUAAAGAAUAAAAAAAAAUCAAGAACACUUUACCAGGGCUGUUGAUUUCCAAUCCACUUAUGCACUUAAAUAUUUGUACUGUAUUUCAGAAUCUUGCUGUGGAUUUUUAUAAAUUUAAGCUAUUUUAAUGGACUUUUUAUUUGGUAUUUUGGGAGGAAAAUAUUAAAAUGGGUAAAAUUUAUCCUGUGACACUGGCUUUACAUUAUCUUGUUUUAAGAUCCCUAUCAUUUGUAGCACUGACUGUGCAGAACACUGGUACAAAAUUUGAGUCAAAAUAAAACUUAUCUAUAUUGA